CAGGAAGGGAACCUGAAAGUGAAAGUGUUCAGAUAGUUCAGAGUCAGACUCCAUUUUGAGUUGACAGAGCAGGAGGAGGGAAACUGAAACUGACUUCAGAUCAGAAGAUGAGUGUUAAUGUGGAGGAAGAGGAGGACAGAGCAGAGUCUGCAGCGUCCAGCUGUCUGUCUAUGAAGAGUGACUGGUCCAAAGAUAGACCUCCAUUGUUCAGCAAUGAACCUGGACCCUCAGACUCAAAAAAGAGGAAGAGGAGUUGCUGUGUUUUGUGUCGGGACGUCCUGAAGGAUCCAGUCUCUACCAGCUCUGGACUCUGGUUCUGUAGACAGUGCAUCACCUCAUACUGGUACCAGUCUGCUUCAUCAGGAGACGCCUCCUGUCCCCAGUCUGGAGAAGGACCCAGAACAAGACAGACAGAUGGUGGUCUGCAGGAGGUUUUAGAUGAACAUAAGAUCAGUCUGAGGAGGAGAUGUGAACAUGUGACUGAAGGAACUGAUGAACUAGGAAGUGGAACCCUCCUCAACAGGAUCUACACUAAGCUCUACAUCACAGAGGGACAGAGUGAAGAGGUUAAUACCCAACAUGAGGUAAGACAGCUUGAGACAGCUUCCAAGAAGAAGACCUUCCAUGAUGCUUCAAUCAGGUGCCACGACAUCUUUAAAGCCUUACCUGACCAACAGAGACACAUCAGAGUGGUUCUGACGAACGGCAUUGCUGGCGUUGGAAAAACCUUCUCAGUGCAGAAGUUCACUCUGGACUGGGCAGAGGGCUCGAACAACCAAGAUGUCAGUCUGGUGGUUCUGCUUUCGUUCAGGGAGCUGAACCUGAUCAAAGAUGAGCAGUACAGUCUUCUCAGACUCCUCCAUGUUUUCCAUCCAACAUUACAGAAGGUCACAGCAGAGCAGCUCGCUGUCUGUAAACUUUUGUUCAUCUUUGACGGCCUGGAUGAAAGCAGACUUUCACUGGAUUUCCACAACAAUGAGGUUGUGUCUGACGUCACACAGAAGUCUUCAGUCAACGUGCUGUUGACAAACCUCAUCAAGGGGAAUCUGCUUCCAUUGGCUCUCGUCUGGAUAACUUCCAGACCUGCAGCAGCCAAUCAGAUCCCUCCUGAAUGUGUGGACAGGGUAACAGAAGUACGAGGCUUCACUGACGCCCAGAAGGAGGAGUACUUCAGGAGGAGAGCCAGUGAUGAAGAUCUGUCCAACAGAAUCAUCUCCCACAUCAAGACCUCCAGGAGCCUCCACGUCAUGUGUCUAAUCCCAGUCUUCUGCUGGAUCACUGCUACAGUUCUGGACCACAUGUUGACCACAGACCAGAGAGGAGAGCUGCCCAAGACCCUGACUGACAUGUACUCACACUUCCUGCUGGUUCAAACAAAGAGGAAGAAGCAGAAGUAUGAUGAGGGACAUGAGACGAGUCCACAGGAGCUGAUGGAGGCUGACAGGAAGGUUCUUCUGAAGCUGGGGAGGCUGGCGUUCGAACAGCUGGAGAAAGGAAACAUCAUGUUCUACCAAGAAGACCUGGAUCAGUGUGGUCUUGAUGUCACAGAGGCCUCGGUGUACUCAGGAGUUUGUACAGAGAUCUUCAAAAGAGAGAGUGUGAUCUUCCAGAAAACAGUCUACUGCUUCGUUCAUCUGAGCAUUCAGGAGUUUCUGGCUGCAGUCUACAUGUUCCACUGUCACACCAACAGCAACACAGAGGUACUGAAGGGUUUCCUGGGAGAAGAAUAUGUUGAUUCAUCUCUGGACGUCUUCCUGAGGGAAGCAAUGAUGAAAUCCCUGACGAGUGAAAAUGGCCAUCUAGGCCUGUUUGUUCGCUUUCUUCAUGGCCUCUCUCUGGAGUCCAACCAGAGACUCUUAGGAGGCCUGCUGGGUCAGACAGACAACAGUCAAGUAAUCAUCCAGAGAGUCAUGAACAACCUGAAGGAGAUGAACAGUGAUGAUAUCUCUCCUGACAGAAGCAUCAACAUCUUCCACUGUCUGACGGAGAUGAAGGACCACUCAGUCCAUCAGGAGAUCCAAGAGUUCCUGAAGUCAGAGAACAGAUCAGAGAAGAAACUCUCUGUGAUCCACUGCUCAGCUCUGGCCUACAUGCUGCAGAUGUCAGAGGAGGUUCUUGACGAGUUGAACCUGAAGAAGUACAACACAUCACUGGAGGGACGACUGAGACUGAUUCCAGCUGUGAGGAACUGCAGAAAGGCUCUACUGUCUCACUGUUGGCUCUCAGAGACUCACUGUGAAGUCGUGGCCUCAGCUCUGAAGUCCAACCCCUCCCAUCUGAGAGAGCUGGACUUGAGUAGGAACUUCGACCUGAAGGAUUCAGGAGUGAAGCUGUCUGCUGGACUGGAGAGUCCACACUGUAGACUGGAGACUCUGAGAUUGAGUUACUGCAGUUUGUCAGAGAUCAGCUGUUCUUCUCUGGUCUCAGCUCUGAAGUCCAACCCCUCCCAUCUGAGAGAGCUGGACCUGAGUUGGAACAAUGAUCUGUAUGAUUCAGGAGUGAAGCUGCUGUGUGGUUUUCUGGAGAGUCCACUCUGUAGACUGGAGACUCUGAGAUUGAGGGGCUGCAGUUUGUCAGAGAUCAGCUGUUCUUCUCUGGUCUCAGCUCUGAAGUCCAACCCCUCCCAUCUGAGAGAGCUGGACCUGAGUCACAACAAGCUGCAGGAUUCAGGAGUGAAGCUGCUGUGUGGUUUUCUGGAGAGUCCACACUGUAGACUGGAGACUCUGAGAUUGAGGGAGUGCAGUUUGUCAGAGAUCAGCUGUUCUUCUCUGGUCUCAGCUCUGAAGUCCAACCCCUGCCAUCUGAGAGAGCUGGACCUGGAUUUCAACAACCUGCAGGAUUCAGAAGUGAAGCUGCUGUCUGAUCUUGUGGAGAGUCCACACUGUAGACUGCAGACUCUGAGCUGGAAGAGUUGGUGAGCUCAGUCAGACUGCUAGCGGUGAGGAAGGAGGUUGUGUUGGAGGAUCCGCUGUGUCCUGAUGAUCCAGAGAGGUUGAAGCAGCAGCAUCACUCCACACAUAGAAGCGGUAUUGCAGUGCGUGAUACUGCCUCACUAUAAUGUAAUGUCAUAUAAAAAUAUAAUAAAUAAAUACAAAUGUCUGACAGGAAAUGUACUUUUAGUCUUUGUCAACGUGCACAUGUUUAUUGCUCUGCUGUGUUUGACACCUUUGAACCUGUGACCCUGCUGUUUGUGCAUGAGAUUGUGGGUCAUUUGAAGCCCUCAGGGUCUCCGAAUGAUACUGUCCCGCCCGGUUAUUCAAGGAGGUUUUUCCCACUAUUGGGCCAUCAUGUCUCACAGUUAUUAAUAGCAGUCUGUCCUCUGGAGUAGUCCCUGUAAAUCUUAAACAUGCAGUUGUGCAGCCUUUAUUAAAAAAACCUGGGCUGGAUCCUAAUGUUUUGGCAAAUUUCAGGCCUAUAUCCAAAUUGCCUUUCUUCUCUAAAAUCUUAGAGAAGAUUGUUUAUUCCCAGCUCAUGGACUUUUUAAAUGAACACAAUAUUCUUGAGACUUUCCAAUCCGGUUUUAAAACAUUGCACAGCACAGAAUCAGCGCUUUUAAGAGUUUUUAAUUAUAUCUUUUUAGCUACUGACUCUGGACACUGUGUUGUCCUUGUACUUUUAGAUUUGACUGCAGCAUUUGAUACAGUGGAUCAUGAAAUCCUGAUCGCUCGUUUGGAGCAGUGGGUGGGCAUCAGUGGCUCAGCACUGGAAUGGUUCAGGUCCUACCUGUCACAUCGGACUUUCUGUGUCAGCCUUGAUGACUCUGUGUCCUCCACUGCUCCUCUCUCAUGUGGGGUCCCACAGGGCUCUGUGCUUGGCCCUCUUUUAUUUUCUCUUUAUCUACUCCCACUUGGUUCCAUUCUCAGGAAACAUGGCAUUUCUUUUCACUGUUAUGCGGAUGACAGCCAGAUCUAUAUCCCCCUCAAAAAAUCAGAAUCCUACUCUGUUGACCCACUGCUAAAGUGCUUACACGACCUUAAAACUUGGAUGUCUUUGAAUUUUCUGAAUUUUAAUGAAAAAAAGACAGAAGUAAUGGUCUUUGGUGGCACUUCUGUGACCCCCCCCCCAGUUGAUCUGGGUUCUUUAGCGCAAUAUCGCAAACCAAUUGCAAAAAAUCUUGGGGUAAAAGUUGACACAGACCUUAAAUUUGACAGCCAAAUUAAAGCUGUGGUAAAGUCUAGCUUUUUCCAGUUAAGGCAGCUGGCAAAAAUCAAAUCAGUCCUUCAGAGACAGCACUUUGAGACAGUAAUCCACGCCUUUGUGACCACUCGGCUGGAUUACUGUAAUGCACUUUAUAUGGGGGUUAGUGGGUCCUCCAUUUCUCGUCUUCAACUGGUACAAAAUGCUGCUGCACGUCUUUUAACUGGCACACGCAAGUAUGAGCACAUUUCACCUAUUUUAGCUUCACUCCACUGGUUGCCCGUCCAUUUUAGGAUUCAUUUUAAAAUUAUUUUAUUUGCUUUUAAAGCCUUGAAUGGCCUUGCCCCUUCUUACCUCUCUGAGCUGUUGCACCCCUACACUCCCAGCCGAUCUCUCAGGUCAGCUGACCAGCUGCUCCUGACAGUGCCUAAAGCUAGGCUUAAGCUCAGAGGGGAACGAGCGUUUGCCGUUGCAGCUCCAAAACUUUGGAAUGGAUUGCCGCUGCACAUUAGACAGGCCACCUCUCUGUCUCAUUUUAAAACUCUUCUUAAAACCCACCUCUUCUCUUCGGCUUUUGAUACCAUGUAGAGCGUUGAUUCUAUGUGUACACAUGCAUAUUUUUAUCUUGUGUGGGCAGUGCUUUUUAUUUAUUUCUGUUAUUUAUUUUACUUAUUUUAUUUUAUUUUAUUUUAUUGCUUUUAUCUCUUAUUGUGUAUCUUCGAUUGUGUUAUUUAUUUAUUCUGUAUAUCUUUUUGUGCAGCACUUUGGAAACCUUGUGUUUGUUAAAUUCGUGCUAUAUAAAUAAAGUGGAUUGGAUUGGA